UGUCUGGGGAAGCUUGCUCUCCGGUCUGUCCGGGCGUGCAUUGCUGCUCAUGCGCCGUCUGCCUCUGCAGGGCAGCCUCUGGCGCCGCCCCUCUGCCUGCUCCUUGCGAGCGCACGCCGGGCAGCCUCGCCAGGGCUGUUUGUGAGUGAGUGUCGCGGUUGUGGCAUUGCUGUCGUCUUCUGCACCAAGAGCCUUCGGGGGUCUGGUGUGGCACUGGAGUGAGCCCUCGUCAGGCUCCCGUCCUGUCGUGCCCGAGAGAAGCGGGAGGGUUGUGUGCUCUGCCGCCUGCUUCCCUGUGUACUCUGGGCCAUCUGCAUCCUGCUGCGCCUCGCAGCGGUGGGGUCUGCUGAGGGAAAGUAGAGGACCACACACCCCCACGGGGGUCCCUGGUGCAGUGACUGGGCGUGGGGUCUGCUGAGGGCAAGUAGAGGACCACACACCCUCACGGGGGUCCCUGGUGCAGUGACUGGGCGUGGAGUCUGCUGAGGGCAAGUAGAGGACCACACACCCUCACGGGGGUCCCUGGUGCAGUGACUGGGCGUGGGGUCUGCUGAGGGCAAGUAGAGGACCACACACCCCCACGGGCCCUGGUGCAGUGACUGGGCGUGGGGUCUGCUGAGGGCAAGUAGAGGACCACACACCCUCACGGGGGUCCCUGGUGCAGUGACUGGGCGUGGGGUCUGCUGAGGGCAAGUAGAGGACCACACACCCUCACGGGGGUCCUGGUACAGUGACUGGGCGUGGGGUCUGCUGAGGGAAAGCAGAGGACCACACACCCCCACGGGGGUCCCUGGUGCAGUGACUGGGCGUGGGGUCUGCUGAGGGCAAGUAGAGGACCACACACCCUCACGGGGGUCCCUGGUGCAGUGACUGGGCGUGGGGUCUGCUGAGGGCAAGUAGAGGACCACACACCCCUCACGGGGGUCCCUGGUGCAGUGACUGGGCGUGGGGUCUGCUGAGGGCAAGUAGAGGACCACACACCCCCACGGGGGUCCCUGGUGCAGUGACUGGGCGUGGGGUCUGCUGAGGGCAAGUAGAGGACCACACACCCUCACGGGGGUCCCUGGUGCAGUGACUGGGCGUGGGGUCUGCUGAGGGCAAGUAGAGGACCACACACCCUCACGGGGGUCCUGGUGCAGUGACUGGGCGUGGGGUCUGCUGAGGGCAAGUAGAGGACCACACACCCUCACGGGGGUCCCUGGUGCAGUGACUGGGCGUGGGGUCUGCUGAGGGCAAGUAGAGGACCACACACCCUCACGGGCCCUGGUGCAGUGACUGGGCGUGGGGUCUGCUGAGGGCAAGCAGAGGACCACACACCCUCACGGGGGUCCCUGGUGCAGUGACUGGGCGUGGGGUCUGCUGAGGGCAAGUAGAGGACCACACACCCUCACGGGCCCUGGUGCAGUGACUGGGCGUGGGGUCUGCUGAGGGCAAGUAGAGGACCACACACCCUCACGGGGGUCCCUGGUGCAGUGACUGGACGUGGAGUCUGUUGAGGGAAAGCAGAGGACCACACACCCUCACGGGCCCUGGUGCAGUGACUGGGCCUUGGGCUGUCAGCGUGUGUGAGUGCCGCAAGAGCUCGGACCCGGCAGCCGUGGCAGGAAUUUGGCAAGUGCUGGUGAAACUCGUGCGGGCCAGCGCGGCCGGAGGGGUCUUCCUGCCCCCAGCUUUCCCCACUGUGGGGUGCGCGGCGGGAGGCAGCCGUCAGCGAGCUCAGCCCUCUCCUGAGAAGGCCUUCCACGUAGCAGGGUGCUGGACAGGGAGGCCCCGCUGGGGGCCCCCGGAGGCAGCUGCUGAGGACGUCUGGGAGAGCCGACGUGUCCACCGAAGGUGACCACGGUGGCGGCCGUUGCAGCCCCACUGGGGGUCCCAGCCGCAUUUGCCCCUGUACUGUCCUUACUGGGCCUUGGCUGCGUACCACACAGCAGUUUGAGCCAUGGGUUGAGGUUCUCCUGAGGUUAGGGCCCUAGGGGCGUCUGCAUGUUGUCUGGCUGAGCUACGUGAGGGACGGGCUCCCUCCGCACAGCAUCCUAGGUGUUGCAUAUGUGCACUGCGUCGCAGCGAGACAUGAGAGGCAGUGGCGUGGACGUGUUGACCCUAGAGGUGACGGGGGUGUGCCCAAACGUGAUGAGCUUGACGAAAGGGCCUGUGCAGUGAGCAGUGGUGGAUGGGGCUGAGUGUGCCGUGGCGGGGGAGCUGCACUGCUGCCCCAGGCAUGGGGGAGGGAGAAGGCAGGCUCCAGCGUCACCCAGCGUGGUCGUGUUCUCCGGCCACAGCCAGCACCGCACAGACGGCGAGAGGCCAGGAGGGAGCCCAGCGUCGGGCACCCUACUCAGGGGAGGUGAUCUCCAGCACCCACCACGUUCUUACGGAGACCUGAGGCCCUGCGAGGUGUGGCUUGUCGUGAGGAGGCCUCGGAUACGCAGAGCUCAGCCCGCAGCACUGGAGCUGGCUGGUCCCGCCCAGCAGUCAGCGGCGUCAGGAAGCAGGAGAACGUCUGAGCAAUGAGGCGGGACUCGUGGAGCACGGAGCCCAUGGGGACACCGCCGGCAGGGUGUGUCCAGUGCACGCGGCCCGGGCGGCAGAACUCACCUCAGCUGUGAAAGGGUCGAAGUCAGAGUGCCUUCUCCCAUCGCACUGGAGCCAGAGUGGAAGUCGGAAACUCCCGUGGGUCACUGCAGGCUAAGGGCGGGUAUGGAGGCCUCCUGGGGUCGUGACAGUGGGACGUCUCCACAGAGCCAUGGAGCAGGAGGAGACUCAGGGCCCUGGCCGUGGCCACGAUUGUAUUGGUGCCUCCCACUGUGAGGUUGGCAUCGGUGCCUGGCGUGUAGGUCCUGUCACUGACCGCGGGCCCGUGAGCACCUGUGUGCCAAGAACCAUUUCUCUCCUGGAACUCGGGGUCUGGUGAGCUUGCCAGCCCAGUCAUGGAAUCAGAAUCAGCGCCACGGAGGAAACGUGUGCGGCACGUGAAGACCCCGCAGCCCAGGGCGUCGCUGGACAAGGUGGCACAGAGGCCUGAGAGAGGAUGGCCAGCCUGGGUCCCAGCAGUCAGCCCGGAGGCCCCCGUGGAAGGGCUUUGUACAGUGGGCAUGCUUGUUGGGUUAGGAGAGAAGGGCUAGGGCCGCAGGACGUAGCCUGCCCUCAGCAUGAGGUGGGAGGAGAGGUGGCACCUACGCAAGGCUGGGGCGCCCCUCUGAGGUGAGGCUGUGAAGAGGGGUGGGCCUGGGGGAGGGCCCAGGAUGGGGGGACUGAGGCCCCAGGAGUUCUAGGCCACGGCGUCAGCAGCCGGGUGUGCAGACGCUGCCUCCCUGGGCCGAACGUGAGGUGAACUGGUACCUGGAGCCUGCACCCCACUGGCAUCCCCCAAGGAGAGAGGGCAUUCCCGGAGAGGGGGCUGAGGCCGGCCUGGUGACUCCUCCCUGGGCUUUCAGAUGCGGGUCUGGGCGCAGCAGGAGGGGUCUCUCAGCCCUGCUCUGGUCCUGGUCUUGGGACCCCUCUUCGUAACUCUUUGAGGAGAGGCUCAUGUCACAGCCUCGUCUGUCCUGUCACGUCUGUCCCAGCAUCUAGUGGAAGCCAGCUUGCCUUGAGAGCAUGGCCACAGCCAGCGUGAGGCGUGAGCGGUCAGAAGGUACCAGGAGCUUGGCCUGGCUGUUGGCAGGGCCCUGGGCAUGGGCACACGUGCUGCCUGUGUUAGCCCAGGGAACCUCAGCACCGUCCCUGGAGAGGAGGCACUAGGCUCGACCAGCCGAGGCCUGCCUGGGCGCAGUAAGCUUCCCCGCUGGCCCGGUGGGCUGCAGGUCUCGAGAAACGGGGGGUGGUUUUCUUUCCAUGCUCAUGGCCCGGCCCUGAAGCGGUGAACGUGGUGCUAGCCUGCGGGCUUGCCUGUGACCAGGUGGUUUGUUCAGCCUGGGACUCUGGUGUUUGCAGUUGCCCAGGGACUGAUGGCACCCCUGUGUGUCCUCAGGCUCACGGUCCCCCUGCCUGGCGGUCACCCAGGUUGGGGUCCAGUCCUCGUGUCGUGAACUGACUGUGCAGCUGCCCUCUGGACAGUCACUGCUGCACGUUCCAGUCCACAGCCUGCGAGCGCAGACGGUGUUUACAUUCUUAAAGGAUUAUAAAAACAAAAGCAAGGAGUAUACGGCAGAGAGCAAAUGUGGCCCUUACAAAGCCAAAAGUACAGGCUGCCUGUCCCUUUAUGGGAAGACGGGCCGCCCCCGCCCCGAGGGAGGAGCUUUUGGCUCCUGGCGGCUCCUGCUUUAUUUAUUGCAGUUGGCAGAGCGCGUCCAGCACAUCAGCUCUUAAUCUCUCGCAGCUCGCAGCUCUGGGGGCAGGCAGUCCUCAUCUGGCUCGACUUGACCCCUGGGGAGCCUUCUGGAAAAUAAGAAACUUGACUCUUCUGCUUGCUCUUAAACCGAGUGUUGGGUGGGCCAGGAGGUGGCCCGGCCCGGCCCUGGAGAGCGACACGUCCCGAAUCCAGCACGUGCGGGGCGGGCGGGGGCGGGGGGGGGCUUUCUGUAACCAAGUCUGUUUGCCAGUUACUCACGUCCUGCAGUGAGAGCUUGGUACUGGAGGGCGCUCUCCCGCGCCUCCCUCCUAGCCUGUGGCUGUCCUGUGAGCUGUAGGAUUGCAUCUGGGGAUUGUGGGCUUUGGCCCGGAGCAUUCCAGCUCUGCCCGCCUUUCCCUGCUCUGUAAAUGAAAGCCUGUGGAGGCAGGAGUGCGUGCCCUAGAACGUUCCAGAAACUGCCCGGAGGGGUGUUCCGUGUCCACUGUCAACAGCCCGCCGCCCUCGUGAGGUCAGCUGGCGGCUCCAGUCCCGAAGGGGGAGAAGAUUCUGACCGGGAAGAUGGCAACUACUGCCCUCCUGUCAAGCGAGAACGAACGUCCUCACUGACCCAGCUCCCCCUCUCACAGCCAGAGGAAAAGACCAGCGGGUUCCGGUUGAAGCCACCGACGCUGAUCCACGGCCAGGCGCCCAGUGCAGGUCUUCCCAGCCAGAAGCCCAAGGAGCAGCAGCGGAGCGUGCUGCGCCCGGCAGUCCUCCAGGCCCCACAGCCGAAGGCCCUGCCGCAGACUGUCCCAAGUAGCGGCACCAACGGGGUCAGCAUCCUAGCAGACUGCGCCGGAGCGGCAGCAGCCUCCCCCGACAGCCCCGCCCGGAGGAGCCCCUCGGAACGUGCUGAGGAGGCACGCGCACUGGAGGAGAAGGAGUGCCAGAGAAAUGAGGCCGGCAGGACUCUGGACGAGGAGGGCUGUGAGAAGCGAGAGCAGGCCGCUCAGCAAGCGUUCGUGUUUGGGCAGAACCUAAGGGACAGAGUGAAGCUGGUGAACGAGAGCAUCGACAUAGCCGACGUGGACAGUGCCGGGCAGCCCAGCGCAGACACGCCGGCCGCAACCAACUACUUCCUUCAGUACAUCAGCUCCAGUGUAGAGAACUCGACCAACAGUGCCGACUGCUCCAGCAACAAAUUUGUGUUUGGCCAGAACAUGAGCGAACGUGUCUUGAGUCCCCCAAAACUCAGCGAGGGCAGCUCCGAGGCCAGCAGGGAGCACGCUGCUGCCGAGUCUGGGUCCGAGCCCUCGUCCCAGGAGGCCACCCCCGAGAAAGUCGGUAACGUUUCAGAGUCCCUGGCCGAGUCAGCGGCGGCCUACACCAAGGCCACGGCGCGCAAGUGUUUGUUGGAAAAAGUGGAAGUCAUCACCGGGGAGGAGGCGGAGAGCAACGUGCUACAGAUCCAGUGUAAGCUGUUUGUCUUCGACAAGACCUCGCAGUCGUGGGUGGAGAGAGGCCGGGGACUGCUCAGGCUCAACGACAUGGCGUCGGCUGAUGACGGGACGCUCCAGUCCCGACUGGUGAUGCGGACCCAGGGCAGCCUGCGGCUGAUCCUCAACACCAAGCUGUGGGCGCAGAUGCAGAUCGACAAGGCCAGCGAGAAGAGCAUCCGCAUCACGGCCAUGGACACCGAGGACCAGGGCGUCAAGGUCUUCCUGAUCUCGGCCAGCUCCAAGGACACAGGCCAGCUGUACGCGGCCCUGCACCACCGCAUCCUGGCCCUGCGCAGCCGAGUGGAGCAGGAGCAGGAGGCCAAGACGCCUGCCCCCGAGCCUGGGGCCGCCCCGUCCCACGAGGAGGACGACAGUGAUGACGACGUGCUGGCUCCCUCGGGAGCCGCCGCGGCUGGCGCCGGAGACGAAGGCGAGGGGCAGACGACCGGGAGCACAUAGCGGCCGGGAUGCUCCGCGCGCGAGGCUGCUGCUUUGUCCGUCUGUCCGCCGCCCGCCCUCCCCGCAAGCAGCACCCAGGCGGGCCGGGCGCACACCUGGCGGGCGGCCUCGGCGGAGCUGCGCGUCCCGGUCCAAGCAGACUCGGGAGCUGCCUGACUGUGGUUGGGGACGUGAGCCCUCAUCAUAUUGAUGAGCAAACAAAAGAGCCUCCCUGAAUUGAAACGGCACAUUAGACUCGGCACAUUAGA